AUGAUACAUAUGCUAAAUGCAGCAGCUGAUCGAGUGAAAUGGACCAGAUCGAGGGCUGCUAAAAGGGCUGCCUGCGUGGUGGCUGCAGCAUAUGCUCUGAAAACCCUCUAUCCCAUCAUUGGCAAGCGUUUAAAGCAUUCUGGCCACAGGAAGAAAAAAGACGUUUACCCGGCUGCAGAGAACAGAGAAAUACUGCAUUGCACCGAGGCCACUUGUGAAAAACCUUCGCCUGGAGUGAAUGCAGAUUUUUUCAAGCAGCUACUAGAACUUCGAAAAAUUCUCUUUCCAAAACUUGUGACCACUGAAACAGGAUGGCUCUGCCUCCACUCGGUAGCUCUAAUCUCAAGAACAUUUCUGUCUAUCUAUGUAGCUGGUUUGGAUGGGAAAAUCGUGAAAAGCAUUGUGGAAAAGAAGCCUCGGACUUUCAUCAUCAAAUUAAUCAAGUGGCUUAUGAUUGCCAUCCCUGCCACCUUUGUCAACAGUGCAAUAAGGUACCUGGAGGGCAAAUUGGCCUUGGCCUUCAGAACUCGCCUAGUCGACCAUGCCUAUGAAACCUAUUUUACAAAUCAGACUUAUUAUAAGGUGAUCAAUAUGGAUGGGAGGCUGGCAAAUCCUGACCAGUCUCUUACAGAGGAUAUUAUGAUGUUCUCUCAAUCUGUGGCUCAUUUGUAUUCCAAUCUGACCAAACCUAUUUUAGAUGUAAUCCUGACCUCCUAUACACUCAUACAGACUGCUACAUCCAGAGGAGCAAGCCCAAUUGGGCCCACCCUUAUAGCAGGACUUGUGGUGUAUGCCACUGCUAAAGUGUUAAAAGCCUGCUCUCCCAAAUUUGGUAAAUUGGUGGCUGAAGAAGCUCAUAGAAAAGGCUAUUUGCGGUACGUGCACUCCAGAAUUAUAGCCAAUGUGGAAGAAAUUGCCUUUUACGGAGGACAUAAGGUAGAAAUGAAGCAACUUCAGAAAAGUUACAAAGCUUUAGCAAAUCAGAUGAACCUCAUUUUAUCCAAACGUUUGUGGUACAUCAUGAUAGAGCAGUUCUUGAUGAAGUAUGUUUGGAGCAGCAGUGGACUAAUUAUGGUGGCUGUACCUAUUAUCACUGCAACUGGCUUUGCAGAUGGUGAUAUAGAGGAUGGUCAAAAACAAGCUAUGGUUAGUGAACGGACAGAAGCCUUUACCACUGCUCGAAAUUUAUUGGCCUCUGGAGCUGAUGCUAUUGAAAGGAUUAUGUCUUCAUACAAAGAGAUAACUGAAUUAGCAGGCUAUACUGCUCGAGUAUACAACAUGUUUUGGGUCUUUGAUGAAGUAAAAAGAGGCAUUUAUAAAAGAACUGCUGUCUUGCAAGAGUCUGAAAACCACAGCAAGAAUGGAGCUAACAUAGAAUUACCCCUCAGUGAGACAUUGGAAAUCAAAGGAAAAGUUAUUGAUGUGGAUCAUGGAAUUAUUUGUGAAAAUGUUCCCAUAAUUACACCAACGGGAGAAGUGGUGGCUUCCAGGCUAAACUUCAAAGUAGAAGAAGGAAUGCAUCUGUUGAUAACUGGUCCCAAUGGUUGUGGGAAAAGUUCUCUCUUCAGAAUUUUAAGUGGGCUCUGGCCUGUGUAUGAAGGAGUCCUAUAUAAACCACCUCCACAACAUAUGUUCUAUAUUCCACAAAGGCCAUACAUGUCUCUUGGAAGUCUUCGGGAUCAAGUCAUUUAUCCAGAUUCAGUGGAUGACAUGCAUGAUAAAGGCUAUACAGACCAUGAUCUAGAUUGUAUUCUACACAAUGUUCACCUCUAUCAUAUAGUUCAAAGAGAAGGAGGAUGGGAUGCUGUAAUGGACUGGAAAGAUGUCCUGUCAGGAGGGGAAAAGCAAAGAAUGGGCAUGGCACGCAUGUUUUAUCAUAGACCAAAAUAUGCAUUGCUGGAUGAAUGCACCAGUGCUGUCAGCAUUGAUGUUGAAGGAAAGAUAUUUCAGGCUGCGAAAGGAGCUGGAAUUUCCUUACUUUCUAUUACACACAGGCCUUCUCUUUGGAAAUACCACACUCAUUUAUUACAGUUUGAUGGUGAAGGAGGUUGGCGCUUUGAACAAUUGGAUACUGCUAUUCGUUUAACACUAAGUGAAGAAAAACAAAAGCUAGAAUCUCAGCUAGCUGGAAUUCCCAAAAUGCAGCAGAGACUCAAUGAACUAUGUAAAAUUUUGGGAGAAGACUCAGUACUGAAAACAAUAAAAAAUGAAGAUGAGACAUCCUAA